UUCUGAUAGAGAGAAGAAAUGCUACUGCUUAGCCCUCGCCUCAAACUAACGUUAUUUGGGAUGCCAGCACGGCGGAGUUACAGACUCCCUGCUCUAUCGGUGCUGACUAGGCGGAUAUUUUUCCGGUGUAACGUUAGAGCUGGAAAUAGACGGUCCCGGUUGAUUGUAUAGUAGGUGAGGUGGCUAAAAAUAUAAUAACAGCACAUUUACAUUUGUAGCUAACAGUUGUAAGAACAUUGUAACAAAUGUUUACCAACUCUACACUGUAAUUUAACUAGAUAGCUUAACUUAACUAUUUAACUUCAUGCUACUAAUACUGGCUAAAUUCUCUUCAUGUAUUUAACACACAUAACAAACAUGAGAUAUGAUAGAAAUAAGUUAAAUAACAUUGCCAGAAAAGUAGCAAGUCAAACAAACAAAACGACACAACAUCUAGUGUUAUAGAGCCAACCUGGGACUUAGGAUCGGUCAGGACCACCCACAUGGGGGCUAACACCAUCCCAGUGGCCUGUAGCAUACUCUAGGUAGACGGACGGACGGGCACCAGAACCUCUGGGAUGAUACGGAAGAGCAGCAGUGGUACUGGAGGAGGAGGAGGAGAAGAAGAAGAAGGGAAUAAUACAAAACACCAACAGAACAAACCGCAUCGCUCCAGCAACACCACCCAGGGCCCGUCUCAUCUCUCCAACAUGGGCCGGAGCUCCAGGACCACCAACCCACUGGGGAGUAUGGGGCUUGGGUCCAACAGUUUGGGUCUGGGGUCCACCGUGGUAGGAGCGCCUGGGCUAGAUCCGGACUAUGUGAUGCAGCUGGUGAAUGACGUACGGAGGUUUUCAGAUAUGCUGCUCAGCCUUAAAGAAGCCUUCCAUUCUGAAGAAAGCCACGAGGGACUCCCUCAGCGGGUACAGGAGAGGUUGAGCGAGCUGCUCCGUGUUCUCAAGUCUGUCAUCGGCAAACACCAGACCCUCAACUCUGUAGACAUCCUCAGGGCUGCCGGCACCGUCAUCACUAAGGUCAAAGGCAUUAACUUCACGGAAGUGAACCAGGAAAAGAAAAAGGUUAUAUUCGGCGAGAUAUACGCGUCCAUUGACAGUUUGGCAUUCACAUUUGGCAAUGUAGUGUCUGACUUCCUUAUGGGAGAUGUGGACAGCCAAUCAGGGUUGGGGAUCCCCCAGACCAGAAGAAGCAGGUCUUUCGAGAACCUCUCUGUGGAUUCUGGGGGGUAUGUUCCAGAGAAGAAAGGCCUUGUGGGCCCAGAGGUGGCGCUGUCUAAAGAGGAGGAGGUUGACGUGAUCCUGCAGAAGAACGACAGCGGGGUGGAGUCAGCUCUGCUCUAUGCCAAGGCCUGGUCCAAGUACACCAAGGAUCUGCUGGCCUGGGUCGACAAACGCCUGGGACUGGACAUUGAAUGUGCCAAAAGUUAUGCCAAAAUGGCAGAAUCUGCAAAGACGCUCGCGAGUCAACAGGACUACAUGCCGUUCAGAGAUAUCUAUAUGUCUACGUUUAAGAACGACAUUGAGUACAGCCAAGUCCUCCUGCAGACUGCCACUGCCCUGCAGACCAACAAAUUCAUACAGCCGCUGUUGUCCAGAAAGACUGAGCUGGACAAACUGAGGAAAGACCUCAAGGAGCAGUGGCAGAGAGAACAGAAGAAAAUGCAAGAGUCCGAGGCGGCUCUGCGUAAGGCUCGGUGGACCCAGGUCCAGAGGAGAGACGAGUACCACAAGGCCCAGUCCUCAGCCAGCCGCUCCCAGGAGGAACAGUCCAAACAGCUGGACAAGAAGAGGAAACUGGAAGAGGAGGCUCUUCAGAAGGCUGAGGAUGCCAGAGACCAGUACAGAUCCUGUGUAACUGAUGCAGGGGCCAGGAGGGCAGAGCUGGCCAGCACCAAGACAGACAUCCUCACUCAGAUCAGAGAACUGGUGACCCAGUGUGACCUCACACUCAAAGCUGUGACAGUCAACUGGCUCCAGCUGCAGCAGGCCCAGACCGUGUCUCUACCCGGCCACUACCAGGCCCUGUGUGAAAACGCGAAGAUGUACGAGCCUGGACAGAGAUACGCCGAGUUUGUCCGUAAUCUUCCCAAAGAUCAGAUACACAUGGAGUCCUUCUCCGUCGAUGAACGGUUUCCUGUGUUCAGCAAGCGUUCAACGGGCAGCACCAGUUCCCAUAGUAACCUGUCCCAUGUGUCCCUCAUCUCCGGUGACGUCCUGAGUGGCGACGAGGUGGAUAGUCCUCUGGGGUCACGACCUGGGGAAAGGUCCAACAGCGCCACGGACAUACAAGGUCUGAGAGGGGGACAGGGCCCGUUGAGAGCCUGGGUAUCAGGUGUCCAGGACAGGGGGAUGUGUAGUGACUCAGAGAGUGCUGGAGGCAGCAGUGAGUCCCAAUCCAUGGACUCCCCCACAGCGAGCCCAGGUGACUUUAAACGCAGACUACCCAGAACCCCCUCCACUGGCACUAUGUCCUCGGCAGACGACCUCGAUGAGAGACAGCCACCUUCACCCUCAGACAAUGGUCUGGGUGAGAUGGUGACAGAGACAGCCAGUUCCCCAGGUCCGUUUCGCAACGCCCAGAUGUCCAAGGCGUCUCAGACACACAAGCUGAGGAAACUCAGAGCUCCGUCUAAAUGCAGGGAGUGUGACAGUCUGGUGGUGUUCCACGGAGCAGAAUGUGAAGAGUGCUCCCUGGCGUGUCAUAAGAAGUGUCUGGAGACUCUGGCCAUCCAGUGUGGUCAUAAGAAACUGCAGGGACGACUACAGCUGUUUGGGAUAGACUUUACCCAGGCAGCGAAGAACAGCCCAGAUGGGAUCCCCUUCAUCAUCAGGAAGUGUACCUCUGAGAUAGAGAACAGAGCGCUCAACCUCAAGGGAAUCUACCGUGUGAAUGGGGCUAAGUCUCGUGUGGAGAAGCUGUGUCAGGCGUUUGAGAACGGCAAAGACCUGGUAGAGCUCUCUGACCUCUCACCCCACGACAUCGCCAACGUGCUCAAACUCUACUUGAGACAGUUACCAGAGCCGUUGAUCCUGUACCGCUACUAUAAUGACUUCAUCGGAUUGGCCAAGGAGAGCCAGAGGGUGAUCAUCGAAGAGAAGGCUAUAGCCAGGGUCCUCCAGGAACAGGGGCAGCCAGGGGGUGAACAACCCCGACUAGGAGGCACCCAGCCUGGGGUAGAGGGAGAGCAGCCUCCCCUGACAAACCAGCCAACCUGGAGGAGGAGAGCUGCCCAAACAGCCAGUAUCAAACUCAACAGAGUCAUCUUUAAGAUUAGAGACCUGUUACGACAGCUUCCUCCUGCACACUACAGGACCCUCCGCUUCCUCACGGCACACCUACAUAGGGUGACGGAGCAGGCAGAGGAGAACAAGAUGACAGCCAGUAAUCUGGGCAUUAUCUUUGGCCCUACGCUGGUCAAACCCCGACAGACUGAUGCAGAGGUCUCCCUGUCUUCUCUGGUCGACUACCCCUACCAGGCUCUGAUGGUGGAGCUGCUGGUACGUCACUUCCAGGUGAUCUUUGACUUCCCCUCCUCCUACCCCCCCAUCACCACCUCCACGGUGGGCCAGUCCUCCCCCCGACUCACCCCUCAGGAGAAGGAGCAGAGACUCAGCCGCCACUCCACCUCCCUGCUCGACAUGAAGGAGAGUGCCAAAGUCGACAAGAGGCACUCGUCAGUCAUCCAGUCCUCUCAAACCCUGGAUGAUGUGAGAGAGGUGAAGACAGACAGGAGAGAGUUAACAGCCAGCUCCUCCUCCUCUGCUGCUGGCUCCUCCUCCUCUGCUGCUGGCUCCUCCUCCUCUGCUGCUGGCUCUGCCUCGGUCCAGAGAUCUACCCUGGUGUUUGGCCGUCCCAGCCUCAACCUCUCCUCCUCUGCUACGGCCCCGAAGGUCCAGCUCCGGCCCCAGCGCGCUAGAAUCCUGUCUCGACCAAUCAGCAUGCCCCUGGAGCGCUUGCCCCUCCCCACCCCCUCACAGGUGCUCGACAGAAACAGCCGUAACAACACGUUGGAUCCCACCGCUAACACCAUCGUGGAGUCAGCCGAGCCGGAGAAGCCUCGGAUUGGUGGGGGGUCAAGGGUCAGUACCUAUUACAUCGACACCCAGCAGGCCGUGCAGCGGAGGCCCUGGGACAGGAAGUACAAACACUACGACGUCACGCCACGCACCGCCAUGAUCAUGGCUAAUUUACCGCCGGCCGGUACUGGCCCUGGCCCAAAACCGGGGAAACAGCCGACGAUGCCGACACAACUGUCCGUGUCUGGGCCAACCAGCUCUGCUCUCCCAUCCAGUAGUAGUUUCAGCACUAUAUUCCCCAGUAACCCAUACACAGUGUUGUUGAAGGCUGGCCAGGCGUCCACAAGAGACCGAGAGGAGACUAAGGAUAGGCCUAACUCUGCUGCUGGAGGGGGUGGGGAGACCAGAACAUCUACCAACUCCCCCAUAAAGUUCAGACAACCAAGGAUUCUGCAGCCUCCACCCGGAACCUUCUAUAAGCCGUCUGGUUAUUCAGGCGCCAGAGGCUGGCCAUCAUUAAGUACCUCUGGGACCACUAGCCUCACCAAAAUGUCCCCAACUUCUCCUACUGUUAAAGCCACUUCCCAGACUUCUCCUACUGUUAAAGCCUCUUCCCAGACUUCUCCUACUGUUAAAACCUUCUCACCAACCUCCCCUACUGUUAAAACCUUCUCACCAACCUCCCCUACUGUUAAAGCCUUCUCACCAACCUCCCCUACUGUUAAAACCUUCUCACCAACCUCCCCUACUGUUAAAACCUUCUCACCAACCUCCCCUACUGUUAAAACCUUCUCACCAACCUCCCCUACUGUUAAAACCUUCUCACCAACCUCCCCUACUGUUAAAACCUUCUCACCAACCUCCCCUACUGUCACUGCUCCUCUCCCCCUCUCUUCCUCCCAAUCCUCCAGCAUGACUUUCUCCUCUUCUCCUAUGGUUACCACCACCACCACCCCAUCCCCUACUGCCACCUACAUCCUUCAAACCUCACACCUCCCCACACACACCCUACAGGACUCUGUGGACAGCUCUGUUAGUGUUGACCCCGAGGUCACGACCUCCGCUGACCUUUCCCCCCGCCAGUCCCCUCCCCCCAGCAGCCCAGAGGUCGUCCCACUGCAACAAAGACUGAGACCCCGGCCCAGACCCGGCGCUCGCCUGCAGGAGUUAGAGCACAGAGAGGCCCAUUUUGUCUGAACCGUAAAAGUAGACUUCAGUAGUCUGAUAUCAUCACACACAGACAGGGCCACACCAUUGGCCAAGACUACUGGUAAUGUCUUUAAGAAUAUAGGGAGGGCAUCGCUUGGGAAGAACCAAUGGUGGAACUGUUGGGAGAUAUUUGGGAGAACGUUGCUGUUGAUGUCUGUAAGCAGGAAGUUGUCCCCACUGUGUAUGAUGAUGUCAUAUUACUGUCUACCUUUGAAGCCAGAUAUAUUUUGUCUGUGUGUGUGUACAGUGUGUGUGUGUACAGUGUGUACAGUGUGUGUGUGUGCAGUGUGUGUGUGUGUACAGUGUGUACAGUGUACAGUGUGUGUGUGUGCAGUGUGUGUGUGUACAGUGUGUGCAGUGUGUGUGUUUGUACAGUGUAUACAGUGUGUGUGUGUGUACAGUGUACAGUGUGUGUGUGUACAGUGUGUGUGUGUGCAGUGUGUGUUUCUACAGUGUAUACAGUGUGUGUGUGUGUACAGUGUGUGUGUGUGUGUGGGUGCAGUGUGUGUUUGUUUGUACAGUGUAUACAGUGUGUGUGUGUGUACAGUGUACAGUGUGUGUGUGUACAGUGUACAGUGUGUGUGUGUGUACAGUGUACAGUGUGUGUGUGUAACUAUGUUGUUACGGUGUAUCUCUGUACCAUAUUAUAUAUUGGGGGAACAGUACUAUUAUAUUGACGCCAAGACAAGAUGUGUGAAAGGAACACACUGAACGUGUUACAUUAGACGUGUAUAAUAUAUUCUAUGUUUACAGUCCUCACAAACAGAAGCAGGAUCUGUGAACGGUCGCUCCCUAGACAUUUGGAACAAGCAUUUAGGCUGGUAUUCAAUCUAUUUGCAGAUACAGAUCCAGAUAGCAGUGGACAAACCUUUAUAUCAAAGGUUAAUUUUCACGUGUAGCUGUCCAUUUCUGUGUGUCAGUGUCAGCUCCAUCCAUGUCUGUGUGUCAGUGUCAGCUCCAUCCAUUUCUGUGUGUCAGUGUCAGCUCCAUCCAUUUCUGUGUGUCAGUGUCAGCUCCAUCCAUUUCUGUGUGUAAGUGUCAGCUCCAUCCAUGUCUGUGUGUAAGUGUCAGCUCCAUCCAUGUCUGUGUGUCAGUGUCAGCUCCAUCCAUGUCUGUGUGUAAGUGUCAGCUCCAUCCAUUUCUGUGUGUCAGUGUCAGCUCCAUCCAUUUCUGUGUGUCAGUGUCAGCUCCAUCCAUUUCUGUGUGUCAGUGUCAGCUCCAUCCAUGUCUGUGUGUCAGUGUCAGCUCCACCCAUUUCUGUGUGUCAGUGUCAGCUCCAUCCAUUUCUGUGUGUCAGUGUCAGCUCCAUCCAUUUCUGUGUGUCAGUGUCAGCUCCAUCCAUGUCUGUGUGUAAGUGUCAGCUCCAUCCAUUUCUGUGUGUCAGUGUCAGCUCCAUCCAUUUCUGUGUGUCAGUGUCAGCUCCAUCCAUUUCUGUGUGUCAGUGUCAGCUCCAUCCAUGUCUGUGUGUAAGUGUCAGCUCCAUCCAUUUCUGUGUGUCAGUGUCAGCUCCAUCCAUUUCUGUGUGUAAGUGUCAGCUCCAUCCAUUGCUGCUAUGCAAAUAAAAUGCACUUCUCAAACCGCCAUCCAGAAACUGUUACAUCUGAUAUCCUGGUCAAUACUGACCUGUUACAUCUGAUGUCCUGGUCAAUACGGCCUGUUACAGCUGAUGUCCUGGUCAAUACGGCCUGUUACAUCUGAUGUCCUGGUCAAUACGGCCUGUUACAGCUGAUGUCCUGGUCAAUACGGCCUGUUACAGCUGAUGUCCAGGUCAAUACGGCCUGUUACAGCUGAUGUCCUGGUCAAUACUGACCUGUUACAUCUGAUGUCCUGGUCAAUACUGCCCUGUUACAUCUGAUGUCCUGGUCAAUACUGACCUGUUACAUCUGAUGUCCUGGUCAAUACUGACCUGUUACAUCUGAUGUCCUGGUCAAUACUGCCCUGUUACAUCUGAUGUCCUGGUCAAUACUGACCUGUUACAUCUGAUAUCCUGGUCAAUACUGCCCUGUUACAUCUGAUGUCCUGGUCAACACUGCCUGUUUUUGUUACAAAUAGUUUCUACCUGCCAUUACUGCCAUGUCAUCAAUAGAUUCUACCUGCCAUCAUUAGAUUCUACCUGCCAUUAAUGCCAGGUCAUCAUUAGAUUCUACCUGCCAUUACUGCCAGGUCAUCGUUAGAUUCUACCUGCCAUUACUGCCAUGUCAUCAAAAGAUUCUACCUGCCAUUACUGCCAGGUCAUCAAUAGAUUCUACCUGCCAUUACUGCCAUGUCAUCAAUAGAUUGUACCUGCCAUUAUUUGCCAUGUCAUCAAUAGAUUCUACCUGCCAUCAAUAGAUUAUACCUGCCAUUACUGCCAUGUCAUCAAUAGAUUCUACCUGUCAUUACUGCCAUGUCAUCAAUAGAUUGUACCUGACAUCAAUAGAUUCUACCUGCCAUUACUGCCAUGUCAUCAAUAGAUUCUACCUGCCAUCAAUAGAUUCUACCUGCCAUUACUGCCAUGUCAUCAAUAGAUUCUACCUGCCAUCAAUAGAUUGUACCUGCCAUUACUGCCAUGUCAUCAAUAGAUUCUACCUGUCAUUACUGCCAUGUCAUCAAUAGAUUCUACCUGUCAUUACUGCCAUGUCAUCAAUAGAUUCUACCUGUCAUUACUGCCAUGUCAUCAAUAGAUUCUACCUGCUAUUACUGGCAUGUCAUCAAUAGAUUCUACCUGUCAUUACUGCCAUGUCAUCAAUAGAUUAUAUAUGCCAUUACUGCCAUGUCAUCAAUAGAUUCUACCUGCCAUCAAUAGAUUCUACCUGCCAUUACUGCCAUGUCAUCAAUAGAUUAUAUAUGCCAUUACUGCCAUGUCAUCAAUAGAUUCUACCUGCCAUUACUGCCAUGUCAUCAAUAGAUUCUACCUGCCAUCAAUAGAUUCUACCUGCCAUUACUGCCAGGUCAUCAAUAGAUUCUACCUGCCAUUACUGCCAUGUCAUCAAUAGAUUAUACCUGCCAUUACUGCCAUGUCAUCAAUAGAUUCUACCUGCCAUCAAUAGAUUCUACCUGCCAUUACUGCCAGGUCAUCAAUAGAUUCUACCUGCCAUUACUGCCAUGUCAUCAAUAGAUUCUACCUGCCAUCAAUAGAUUCUACCUGCCAUUACUGCCAUGUCAUCAAUAGAUUCUACCUGCCAUUACUGCCAUGUCAUCUAUAGAUGCUAUCUGCCAUUACUGCCAUGUCAUCAAUAGAUUCUACCUGCCAUUACUGCCAUGUCAUCAAUAGAUUCUACCUGCCAUUACUGCCAUGUCAUCUAUAGAUGCUAUCUGCCAUUACUGCCAUGUCAUCAAUAGAUUCUACCUGUCAUUACUGCCAUGUCAUCAAUAGAUUCUACCUGUCAUUACUGCCAUGUCAUCAAUAGAUUCUACCUGUCAUUACUGCCAUGUCAUCAAUAGAUUCUACCUGUCAUUACUGCCAUGUCAUCAAUAGAUUCUACCUGUCAUUACUGCCAUGUCAUCAAUAGAUUCUACCUGUCAUUACUGCCAUGUCAUCAAUAGAUUCUACCUGCCAUUACUGCCAUGUCAUCAAUAGAUUCUACCUGCCAUUACUGCCAUGACAUCAAUAGAUUCUACCUGCCAUCAAUAGAUUCUACCUGCCAUUACUGCCAGGUCAUCAAUAGAUUCUACCUGCCAUUACUGCCAUGUCAUCAAUAGAUUGUACCUGCCAUCAAUAGAUUGUACCUGCCAUCAAUAGAUUCUACCUGCCAUCAAUAGAUUCUACCUGACAUCAAUAGAUUCUACCUGCCAUCAAUAGAUUCUACCUGCCAUUACUGCCAGGUCAUCAAUAGAUUGUACCUGCCAUUACUGCCAUGUCAUCAAUAGAUUCUACCUGCCAUCAAUAGAUUGUACCUGCCAUUACUGCCAGGUCAUCAAUAGAUUAUACCUGCCAUUACUGCCAUGUAAUCAAUAGACUCUACCUGCCAUUACUGCCAUGUCAUCAAUAGAUUCUAUAUGCCAUUACUGCCAUGUCAUCAAUAGAUUCUACCUGCCAUCAAUAGAUUGUACCUGCCAUUACUGCCAGGUCAUCAAUAGAUUAUACCUGCCAUUACUGCCAUGUAAUCAAUAGACUCUACCUGCCAUUACUGCCAUGUCAUCAAUAGAUUCUAUAUGCCAUUACUGCCAUGUCAUCAAUAGAUUCUACCUGCCAUAAAUAGAUUCUACCUGCCAUCAAUAGAUUCUACCUGACAUCAAUAGAUUCUACCUGCCAUUACUGCCAUGUCAUCAAUAGAUUCUAUAUGCCAUUACUGCCAUGUCAUCAAUAGAUUCUACCUGCCAUCAAUAGAUUCUACCUGCCAUUACUACCAUUUCAUCAAUAGAUUCUACCUGCCAUUACUGCCAUGUCAUCUAUAGAUUCUAUAUGCCAUUACUGCCAUGUCAUCAAUAGAUUCUACCUGCCAUUACUGCCAUGUCAUCAAUACAUUCUAUAUGCCAUUACUGCCAUGUCAUCAAUAGAUUCUACCUGCCAUUACUGCCAUGUCAUCAAGACAUUCUAUAUGCCAUUACUGCCAUGUCAUCAAUACAUUCUACCUGCCAUCAAUAGAUUCUACCUGCCAUUACUGCCAUGUAAUCAAUAGAUUCUACCUGCCAUUACUGCCAUGUCAUCAAUAGAUUCUACCUGCCAUCAAUAGAUUCUACCUGCCAUUACUGCCAGGUCAUCAAUAGAUUAUACCUGCCAUUACUGCCAUGUCAUCAAUAGAUUCUACCUGCCAUCAAUAGAUUCUACCUGCCAUUCCUGCCAUGUAAUCGAUAGAUUCUACCUGCCAUCAAUAGAUUGUACCUGCCAUUACUGCCUUGUAAUCAAUAGAUUCUACCUGACAUCAAUAGAUUCUACCUGCCAUCAAUAGAUUCUACCUGCCAUCAAUAGAUUCUACCUGCCAUCAAUAGAUUCUACCUACCAUCAAUAGAUUCUACCUGCCAUCAAUAGAUUCUACCUACCAUCAAUAGAUUCUAUCUGCCAAUACUGCCAUUUCAUCACAAAUUGGAACAUUUUUGGGAGUUCCAAAAUUGAGCUGGAAUGAAGUUACCCUUCUCAAAUAUAUCAUAGCGUCAAGUCCUUGUCGUAAUGUUACAGAGAAGCAUUUUGUUUGUUUUGUUGGGAGUUAAAAUACCUGUAUAUUAUGUUAGUUUUUACUUGUACAUUUACACAGUACAUGAAAUGUUCUACGGUGUUCCUGUAUUGUAUGUCAUGUGAUUUGAUUCUAGCUACAUUAAUUAAGCACUUACUUAAUUCAGGUCCAACGUUUUUAUGUUUUCCAAACGUUUAAACAUGUCUGUCAUCGCAAUACAUUCCACAGAGAAGAGAUGGAAGCAUUUUAUAAAGUGAGACCAAAAAAAAAAGUUUCAACAUUUAAAACAAAUAUAUAAUAAUAAUAAUAAUUCACCCAUAUUCCUGUUCAGAUUAUAAUAAUCUAAAUCUAUAUCUGUUUUUUUUAAUAUGUGACAUAUAAACUGCAAGGUUUUGUUUCAGUAAAUUGUUUGUAACUACAAAAAAAGACAAAAUGCAAAAAAUGUCUUGCAUUAAAUUAAAGUAUAGCUGACAGUU